GACGUACAGUGUUGAUACUUGCAGCUUUGUGUGGAGCCCAGGAAGAGUAGCAAUCCCUUUGUGGGCUAAUAAAUAAUAAAGAUAUGAAGAAUAAUAAAACCAGUCAGAUUGGGAUUAUUAUGCCACAGAAGUAGGACCUCUCUGACCCCUAAAAAAUGACAUUUAGGGAGUAAAGUGUGGCUGGAGAAAUGUUAUUCCAUAAUUUGAUUUUUACUCAGUUUACUUUUGUUUACUGUAUUUAUGUUGUGUAGUUUAGUUGGCUGUUCAUAUAUAUGACACGCUUUAUUGUAAUGUGUAUCUUUCCCCGCGGCAGUCGUAUUUGGGGCUGUAAUUGUCAUAUUAACGAGCUCAUCAGCAGCACUUGAAUGCAGCAUCAGACCAUACCAAAGAGCAUAACGUCCCUCCCGGGAUUUUCACGCGUUCCGUUGCCAUGGAGCUGAGUUUGUUUUCUUCCUCCGGCUUACAUAAAGUGAGAGGUUGUGCUUUACAAGGAAGUGGAGAAAGUCGGGAUAAGUGUCCUCGUCGUCCAAACGUAGUGGGUACGUGAACAAACAAAGACUUUAAUGGACUUUUAGGGACACCGCGGUAAGAGGCUAAAGAAGUUCGUGCCAAACAAGGACACGCAGAGUGGCUGCUAGCUAAAGUUGUCCCCUGAACCCUCAGUGUGCAGCCUCUGUCUAACUCCAUAAUGAAAGGCCGGGUUGCAGAGGGCCGCCUGCAGGUCCUUCAAAUCUACCGCCUGCUGCAGUGCGUCCAUGAAGGGGACAAGGAGCAGAUAGAGAAGAUGGUGAAGCUCGGGGUUGAGAACCUCAUCAAUCUCACCGAGCCAAAAGAUGGCACAGGGGUGCUUCACGUCGCAGUCUCACACAGUGAUCAGGACCUGGUCAGCUUCCUUCUCUCACAGGGAGCGCACCCUGACACCCAGGACAAGAAUGGUCGCACCGCGGCCAUGUUAGCCACUGAGCAGGGCAAUGUUGCCAUACUGGAACUGCUGGCAAAGAGCAAUGCUAACCUGAGGCUUCAAGACAAUGAGAGCAAAGGUGUGCUGUUCUAUUGCAUCCAACCCACUAAGCGCCACACCCACUGCUUGCAACUAGCACUGAAGUGCCAGGCAGAUUCCAACAACGUGUCAACACAGGGGACUCAUGUCUUCCAGUUGAUGUGUGAAAAAGCCCACGAGGGAACCCGAAAGUGUCUCAUCAUGCUGGCUGCAGGAGCAGACCCCAAUGCAACAAAUCAGACCGGUGUCACAGCAUUGAUGGAGGCAGCCAAGGCCGGCUCCUUGCUGCUUGUUAAAAGCAUUCUAAAGAAAGGGGGAAACCCCAACGCCCUGGACCAAAAACGCCUCACAGCAGUGCAUUAUGCUGCCAUGGGGGGCUUUUUAGAGGUGAUUCAGGUGCUGUCUGCAUACUCAGCGGACAUGGGCGUGAUCAGCUUAGAGGAAUGCACACCGCUACACUAUGCUGCUGCCACGGGCAAUGCUAACUGCUGCAGGUUCCUGUCACAGAGAGGUUGUAACCCCAAACUGAAGAACCAGGAGGGUUUGCUCCCACGUCAGAUUGCCAAAGACGCUGGUCACAAAGCAGCAGCCAAGGACCUACGGAAAGCAGAACGGCAACAAGGAAAAGGCAAAAAAUCUGAUGGUGGCACUCCCACGUCAGAUGUCUGGGCCUUGAAUCUUCACGACUGGUCUAAUGUCUAUGAGACUGAAUUGCGGCAAGCCUUUGGGAACAAAUCCGACAUAGUUACCACCGAGAUGUUUAUUUCAGUGUUACAAGAACUCAAAGCUCCAGUCGAAAUUGACCAGCUCCAUACAGUCAUCUCAGCCCAUGACAAGGGGAAAGAGGGAUGUGUCAACAUUAAUGAUUUCAUCAAAGGUGUAAAGUACAUCAAGAAACCAUUCCUCUUCUCUUCUUAUAUGCCUAAAAAGAAAAAGGGAGAAAAAGGGGGUAAAGGAGGGAAGAAGAAGAAGAAGGGUAAAUAUGUCCUCCCCAUGCCCAUUUGCACACUCCUGCCUGAGCAUAUGCCCCGACGUCCGGAUGGAGGGCCUCCCCGCUUCAUGAUUGAGACAUACUACAACAGCUCAGAUAUCCGUCGAUUCGACCGUGAUCACCCGCCAGAACAUCCCAUAAUGAAUGACUCAGGGUGGUACAUGGAAAAGCCUGAGAAGGUGUACGUCAAUAUCAACUAUUGUGUGAAAAGUGGGGACCUGGAAUCUCUGGACCUCGCUUUCAGUCAGGGGGUUCCUGUGGAUGUUCAAGAUCAGUUUUACAAGACCCCGCUGAUGGUGGCCUGCUCCAGUGGCAACUACGAGGUGGCUCAGUACCUCCUGAGUCGGGGGGCGGAAGUGGAUGUGUGUGAUCAGUUCUUAUGGACGCCCCUCCAUCACGCGGCUCAUGCUGGCCAAGUAGAAAUUAUUGAACUUCUGGUGGAGGCCGGGGCCACUGUAGAUGCCCGGGCCCUCGGUGGAGGAACGCCCCUCAUGAGGGCCAUUGAGAGCUCUCGACCCUCCUGUGUGGAGGCCCUCAUUAAGGCGGGUGCCGAUGUCAAUGCAGAGAACAAGAAAGAACUAAACUGCCUCGACAUUGCCAGAGAUUUUGCAGAUUCCAGGACAAUUGACUUGGUCAAAGACAGAAUGGAUUCUCUACCUAAACCAAAGGAGACAGCAAAGGCAAAUGGGGGCAAAGCCCAAAAGUCUAAACCUGCUAAAGAAAAGGUAGUUACUACAGAAGGAGCAGUGCAGGCAGAGACAUCGACUGCAACAGCAGGGAAGACUUCCUCUCAGAAGGAUUCAAAGAGCGUCAUCCUGCAAAACACCAGGAUCACUACAGGAAAAAACAACACUGUGGAUAUCACCUUUGUGCCAAAAACGGUUUGGGGGAAGCCGCCCACCACCAGCCAGCUGAUGUCAAAGAUAGAGAGGCGGAAGGAGCUCUUAUCCCUCGAGUUGGACUUUGAUGACUUCAUGAUGCGACGGCUUCAGCCAGAACAUCCAGAGGAAAACACUGGAGCUGCCAAAAACGACAGACUAGACUGAAAGGAGGUUAGGCAGAGAGAGACACUCAGACAUUUAGGAAUUAUAGCCUGUUACCAAAGCUGACUGGCCACCUGGACCAGUUAUGGACGUUGGAUUUACUCUGGAUUCAUUCUUUUUAUGACAGCUGCUUUAAUUUACAGAUGAACAUUUUGUUGCUAAACCUGAUUUUCUAAUCUUGUCAUUUAAUAUCAGAACUUACAAUGACAUUGCAAAGAGGAGAGUAGAGGAAUUUAAUCAUGUUAACAUAGAAUCUUCUAGUAUCUGCUUUUAUUAAUUAUCACAUUUUUCUUAAAUUUCUACUUUAACAUAUUUCUUUCAACAUCAUACAGUACUGUAAAACCAUAAAGCUCAGCAGGGACUCUCUUGCAAAACUCUGUGGUACCAGACAGAUAUAUAUUUGUUUGUCAAAAUACUGAAACAUAAAGACACUGAAAACUGAAUAUAAAGAU